GAGAACUGUUCUGCAAUGGAGAACUAUACGAAAGGGGAAUCGAUCGAAGAGAGCUUCGGGCCACCACCUUUUAAAGAUCUUCGUGAUGACUUUGUUCACAUGAAAGUGCAGCCAAACAGCAAACUCAGAAACCUGCUAGAAUACGCCAAGAAAGCGUUCCAGGACGAAGCAAAAAGGCAGAUAGUGUUCACCGGCUCAGGUCACGCUCUGGCAAAAACCAUCACGUGCGUCGAGAUAAUGAAGCGAAAGCACAAGGAGGUCCAUCAAGUGAACAAGAUCCUGUACAAGAAAGUCGAAGACUGCUGGGAACCGAAGUCGCCGGAAUUCGACAGGUUGAAGAUUGUCCGAGAAAUACCGACGAUUCACAUACUUCUGAGCAAGGAUCCAGUUGAUGCGACACAGCUAGGGUACCAGGCACCCGGCUGCACUGAUGGCAGCUGGUCUACAGAACAGAAGCCUCUGAAGUCGAGAAAGAAGCAGUUUCCAAAGAGGACACCUCGCAGGCAGAAGACGCAGCAGACUGCAGAGCAGUAAAUGUGCACUGGAGAGCAUACUUGUAAAUAAAGCAAUUUUGAA